AUGCUCGCCCUGCAUGCUGUCACACUCCUGGGGCUGCUGGUCACUGCCUCUGGCCUGCAGUGCCCGAAAUGCCUGCCCUGGCAAGGGAACUGCCGGGACGAGGUGGAGACGUGUCGACUGGGCCAGAACUUCUGCGUGGUGCAAGACUUGUACGUGAACCCAGUCAUGACCAGUGCAAUGUGCGUGGGGGGCAUGGCUCUGCACAGCUGUGGUCUGCUUUCCCGGGACGUUGCAGUCAGACUGAGUGGCAACAGCUUCUGCUGCACCACAGAUCUGUGCACCAACAAGAGCUACGCCAGCAUGCCAAUUCCCCCUGGGCGUCCUGUCUGUCAGAGCUGCGUGGGAUCUGCCACCGCCUGUGGCCCCAACUCCCUGACCUCGCCCUGCCCCAACUCCCAGGACCUGUGUCUGCAGCUCUCCCGGCACGUGUUGCCCGGGGAGGAGGGAGAUGCUGUGUACAAGGCGUGCGGGGAGCAGGGCCCCCCCGAGGAGCUGCUGGCCAUGGCUGUUGGGCCUGACCUGGCGUAUGUGCAUGUGCAGCGCUGUCACGGGGUUGGAUGCAACAACGGCUCCUUUGUUAAGGUGCCCCGGGGGAAGCCCAAUGGGAAGCUCUGCUAUAGCUGCCAGGAGACAGGAGCAGGCGAGUGCAACAAUGAGCAGCUGAGGCCCAUGACCUGUAUGGGGGCCAUGGACCAGUGUCUAGAAGUUCAGACUACAGACUGGUACCACCCUGUGACCCUGCUCCGCGGCUACGCCAGCACCGACCUUUGCCGCUCCUGGGAGCUCCUGGGCCGCCUGCUGCUGCCGGCAGACACCUUGGUUCACUGCUGCUCUGGGAGCCUCUGCAACCACGCAGCCUCCUGCCGGGACCCCCUGCCCCUCCUGCUGCUGCCCCUGGUGUUCCUGCUGCUGUUGGUGGGGGCCUGGAGCUGCGCAGGGGGUGGGAACCCAGGCAUCCGGGUGCACGUCCAAGGUCCAGAAGACCCAGGCAGCUGGGACAUGCACACACACAAACACAGGACCAAGCUGUCCAGGAUACACACAGACACAUAAAACUCAGGUAUCUGGGCUCCAACUCACCCUAGCCCAUUAAACUCCCAGGAAACCCAGGUGUCCAACUCCCCCCCCAGCCCGGUAUGUUGCUUCAAACCCAUCUGAGCCCAUUCAGUGCCCAGGGAACCCAGGAGUCUGAGACAUGCACACACAACCCAGGUGUCCACAUC